GCAACGGAUGUUGGCUCAGGGCAAAUAUUCCUCACACACACACGAAAGUAAUAAUAAGACAGGAGAAAAAAUGUGUUACAAGUAAAUAUAACAUUUAAAAAAAAGAAAAGCGAUAGAUCCUUGCUCACAUUUCACUGGCAGUGUUAAUUUUAUGCUGUCACCUGGACACCUGGACCUGCUGUGGCUUAGGGAAGAGCUGACCACACGCCGUGACCAGGCAGCCCUGUCCUUCCCACCUGAGACCACUCCCAGGCCCCAAAUGGAGAACCAGGGCGCUCUGAAUGCUGCUCCCACCCAGAGAGACCCGCCUGAGGCUGGCGGGGCUCCACUUCCCAGCACCUGACCUGACCUGGCCACAGUCCGGAUCCUGCCUGUCGGUCUUUCAUCAGAAGCAGGGCGGAUGGCACCCUCCUGGAAGCUCAGCUGCCCAGGGACCACCAAUCAGUGGUCUCUGGACUCUGCAGCGUCCCCGCGACGGUCACCCAGCAGGCGCGCUCUGGGCACCGAUCUCCGGGACGGCGUCACAGGAGCCCCUACCCCUUCCGACCCUUCGCCUUUGAAUGGAGCCUCUCAAGCUGCCCUCUGGAAAAUCAGGAUCUGAUCACACGUGGCCGUAGUCCUCCCUUGGGUCUCGUCGCCCUCCGCACAGGACCCAUCCUCAGAUUGCGCCCCGCCCCCGCGACGCGUCACGCCCACCAGAGUCAAGUCGACCCUCUCGGACCAAUGAGCAGCGAGAGGGCGGGGCCCAAUGCUUAGCAUGCGUUAGAGCGCGGAGCCCGGACAGGAGGGGGCGGAGCGUGCGGUCCUGGCAGCCAAUCGACGAGGACGGGGGCGGGAAGACCGUAGCCCAUUGGUGGGCCGAGGGCGCUGGGCGCGGCCGGGGGCGGGGGGCGGUGCGGUAGCGACGCGGCAAGAUGGCAGCGGCGGCGGGGCCGAGCCCUGGGCGCGUGGGCUUCGUGGGCGCGGGGCGCAUGGCGGAGGCCAUCGCGCAAGGCCUCAUCCGAGCCGGGAAAGUGGAAGCUCAGCACGUGCUGGCCAGUGCACCAACUGACAGGAACCUCUGCCACUUCCGGGCUCUGGGCUGCCAGACCACCCACUCGAACCAGGAGGUGCUGCAGAGCUGCUCACUCAUCUUCUUUGCCACCAAGCCUCACAUCCUGCCAGCCGUCCUGGCAGAGGUGGCCCCUGUGGUCACCGCUGAGCACAUCUUGGUGUCUGUGGCUGCUGGGGUCUCUCUGAGCACCCUGGAGGAGCUGCUGCCCACGACUGCACGGGUACUCCGGGUCUCGCCCAACCUGCCCUGCGUGGUCCAAGAGGGGGCCGUGGUGAUGGCACGGGGCCGCCAUGCUGGGAGCAGCGAGGUCAAGCUUCUGCAGACCCUGCUGGAGGCCUGCGGGCAGUGCGAGGAGGUGCCCGAGGCCCACGUGGACAUUCACACCGGCCUCAGUGGCAGUGGCGUGGCCUUCGUAUGCACCUUCUCUGAGGCCCUGGCCGAAGGUGCUGUCAAGAUGGGCAUGCCCAGUGGCUUGGCCCACCGCAUUGCUGCCCAGACCCUGCUGCCCCCAAUGCCGCUCUGCCCAGGGGACAGCCAAGAUGCUGCUGCAGAAGGGGCAGCACCCGGCUCAGCUGCGGACGGACGUGUGCACGCCUGGUGGCACCACCAUCUACGGGCUCCACGCCCUGGAGCAGGGCGGGCUUCGGGCAGCCACCAUGAGUGCAGUGGAGGCCGCCACCUGCCGGGCCCGGGAGCUCAGCAGGAAGUGAGGCACAGGCCCCAGAGUGCUGGCCCCUCGCUUCCACCAGUGGCUCCUGAGACUGCCAGCCACGCGGUGGACAGAGGCUUGGGGCCAGUUCCCCUCUGCCACCUACCAGCUGUGCGACCUGGGGCAGAUUGUCUCCCAUCUGGGCCUCACCAUGCCGCAGUGCUGCUCCUUGCUCCCCUCCCCCCAGCUGCGCACCCACCCUGCCACUCCCUCCUUGCCCAUCUGCCCAGAGCUGCCCUCCCUGGCGGUCUGCCUUCGACCCACCCAGCCAGCCCCUAGGUUGGCCCAUCCCCCGGGCCUCCCACCCCCACCCUCUUCCUGCCUGGCCUCUGCAAGCUUGACAGGCUGGCCCGUCCUCCGCUGGUGAUUGCUUGAUCUGACUCCGGCCUCUCUGCUUGUUGGAAGGGUUAGCCUGAGUCCAUUUCUACAUCUUGUAUCUUUAUCUGUGAAACAGAAGUAAAGAUGCUGUCCUAUA